CUUCUCUCCCCUGCUUCACCGAAGACUCGGCAGUCUUCAGCACCGCCCCCCUCUCUCCCCUCCAGUCAGUGCUGGAUUCAGAGAGGGGACACAGGAAGUCACAUGAUGUACAUGUGACUGUGCAGUGUGCACUGUCUGGAGGAGCAAGGCAAGCUGUCCUAAUGAGAAGAGGAGCAGCCAGCCUGUAGCAGCCUCUAUUUCUAGCAACAAGCCACAGAAGAGCUGAGACAGCUUUCAGACACACAGGUGGUCCCGAUUGGUGAUGGACGGGGUCUACUGGUGAAGGGGGUCUUUCAGUACCAGGAUUGCAGAUCCAGACUUUGGAUGAAAAAAAAAAUCUGUAGGUCACUGAAACAAGUCUGCAAUAUAUGGAUUGGAGAAACAAUAUAUCUGGGGGUAAAACACAGAAUCUGUGACACAAUAAAAUUGUGAUUGCUGAUGUACUAUAUGGGGUCUAUCGCUCUGCACAGACUUUCUCCUCUUCAGACAACUACAAAGUGAAGGAAGGGUGCAAGCGUGAAUAUCCCGUACUCCAGUAAAAUGGCUGAACUUUUUUUUUUCCAAAGAAUACAUAUCUGCCAAACAAUUUCUGCUGGUUUAACAAGUAACUGUUCUGCGAAAUGAAAGGGGUCCUUUUCCGACAUCUGGCAAGUGAAAGGUGUUGACAUUGCAGAGCUGAGUUUCGGGGCUGGAGCGGACUCUCUCAAGUGACUUGGAAAUCAGAGGUCUGAGAAGUGCUUCCAGCAGCCACCGAACAUGAUGUGCGGAACCGGGCCCUGGCUGUCUGUCUGUGUUACUUUACUGGUGCUGUUCCCUGGGGAUCUCGCCUCAUUCACAGCUGAGAACCGAUCUGCCUCCGAUAUCUGCUCAACGCACACCAUUAUACCUGGGCCCAUAGGUGAUAUUGGUGGAAAAGGUGAAACAGGUGAAUUUGGAAAACCAGGAAAGGAAGGACCACUGGGUCCUAAGGGUAUCAAAGGAGAAUUUGGCGACUUAGGUGACCAAGGGCUUCUCGGUAAAAUCGGGCCAAUUGGGAGUAAGGGUGACAAGGGUUAUAAAGGCUUGGACGGACUGCAAGGAGGAAAAGGCAAAGCAGGCAGUUUCUGCGACUGUGGAAGAUACCGGAGAGCGGUGGGCCAGCUGGAUCUAAGGGUCAGCCAGCUCAAAUCCUCUUUAAAGUUUUUCAAAAAUGUGAUUGCUGGCAUCCGGGAAACAGACGAGAAGUUCUAUUACAUUGUGAAGGAAGAACGCAAUUACAGGGACGCCCUGACUCAAUGUAGGAUCAGAGGUGGCACGCUGGCGAUGCCCAAGGACCAGGCCACCAACUCACUGAUUGCCGAUUACAUCUCCAGCAUGGGAUUACUGAGGGUCUUCAUCGGCGUCAAUGACUUUGAGAAAGAGAAGCAGUUCAUGUACACAGACAACACCCCGGUGCAAAGCUUCAGCAGCUGGAAGGACGGUGAGCCCAAUGACGGCUCGGGGUAUGAAGACUGCGUGGAGAUGCUCAGCACCGGAGCCUGGAAUGACGUGGACUGUCAGCUCACAAUUUAUUUUGUCUGCGAGUUUGUGAAAAAGGCCCAGUAGUUCCUAUUUACUGUCCCUAGGGGUCAGCGCUGCAGCUUCCGCCUCGUUUAUAAAGUAUUGGAAUAACUUUUGUCUAAAAUGACUCCGCAUGUAAUUAUAGACAACCGAUAUACUCAGAACACAUUUAAUCCACACAUUUAAUGAGGUCACGGGUGUUACAAUGUGCAGCUAAUGUGGUUCUCCAAAUUUUGGGAACCCCUCACCCUAAUUAAUUACCAUUAACUUACCUGGGUAAGGUGUGGGCAAUGCUGUAACCGCCACGGUGAAGUGCAGGACUUCUGGAACACAUUACUGUACUGCACCCAGUUUAGCAUCUCAAGUAAUACUUAGUCUGAAGCUGUUGUUGUGCUCCAACAACCAUAACCCUAAAGUGACAUACAGUAGGUGGUCAUUCCGAGUUGAUCGCAGCCAGCAACUUUUUGCUGCUGCUGCGAUCAACUAGUCCACGCCUAUGGGGGAGUGUAUUGUAGCUUAGCAGGGCUGCGAUCGCUUGUGCAGUCCUGCUAAGCUAAAAAAAUUCAAGCAAAAAAAGACUAGCCCUAUACCUACUUACCCUGUGCGAUGGAUCCAGCGAUGAUGGGCCCGGCUUUGACGUCACUCCUCCGCCCUUCGUUAUCCUGGACACGCCUGCGUUUUACUCACCACUCCCCGAAAACGUCUUUAAACAGUCCGGAUCCGCCCUGGAACGCAUUCUUUUUGUCAAUCUUCUUUGCGGUCGGCUCUGCGACCGCUUCCUUUGUAGGCAGCGACGGGCAACGUCGUGCACGUGCACUACGUCCGCCGUGCAUGCGCAUUCCACACCCGUUCGCACCGCAGCGAUAAACCGCUGUGUGCGAACGGUUCGGAAUGACCCCCAUAGUUACAACCACCAGAGGUGUGCUUUGUCCCAAUUGGGCAACAUUAAACGUUUUGUGGUAUGUAGAUGCCUGGUAUUCACCACAAAUUAUAGAACUGGACACAAGAAGAAAACCAUGCAGUACCACUUGUGACCAUGAGGGAGCGAUGCAAAGCCCAUCCAACCAAAGUGCAUAUUUAGUGUGCAAAGUAAUUAUAACAUAUAUAUAUACACAUAUAUAUAUAUAUAUAUAUAUAUUUAUAUAUGUUUUACUUGUGUUUAUAUAUUAUAUAUGGUAUGCAAAUGACAAAAUGUAAUGUGACUAAUAAAUUUACGCUUAGAACAGAAA